UAAGUAUGAACAUCAGCAGCAAGUUGCAGUGAAGAAUUAAUUGUGAACAAGUCAACUCUUAUAUUUUGUCAUUGGCUCGUGAAGCCAGCCAGACUUUGAUAAUAUGCGUUCACACAUCAACCAACUUGUAGACAUAAGCUUCAUUAAUUUCUUUUCUCAGUCAUUCCUCACUCUCUGGUUUAAUUUUGUACCAAAAAAAUGGGUUCUUGUUUUUGUUUUCAGUUGAAGAUUGAAAGUUCCCGCCACAAUGUAGAUAAGGUGGCAUCUGCACCACUACCACCUAGCCCAAGGAGCCAAGAUGAGAUAUUGAAGUCAGCAAAUUUGAUAUCCUUUACUUUUAAUGUACUUAAAACAUCCACUAGAAACUUUCGUCCCGAUAGUGUGUUGGGAGAAGGCGGUUUUGGUUUGGUGUUCAAGGGUUGGAUUGAUGAACAAUCAUUUGUAGCUGCUAAGCCUGGUACUGGUACUGUUAUUGCUGUUAAGAGAUUGAAUCAAGAAGGCAUUCAAGGUCAUCAAGAAUGGUUGACAGAGAUAAAUUAUUUAAGCCAGCUAAAUCAUCCAAAUCUUGUACAACUAAUCGGUUACUGCCUAGAGGAUGACCAGAGGCUCCUUGUUUACGAAUUCAUGUCUCGUGGCAGCUUGGAAAACCAUCUUUUUCGAAGGAGUUCUCACUUUCAACCUCUGUCAUGGAACCUACGUUUAAAGGUUGCUCUAGGUGCUGCCAAGGGGCUUGCAUACCUUCAUAGUCCGGAAGCAAAAGUGAUAUAUCGUGACUUCAAGUGCUCAAAUAUAUUAAUUGAUUCUAACUACAAUGCAAAACUAUCUGAUUUUGGAUUGGCAAAGGAUGGGCCAGUUGAUGGGAAGAGCCAUGUAUCCACAAGGGUCAUGGGCACAUAUGGAUACGCGGCUCCUGAGUACAUGGCUACAGGUCAUUUAACUGAGAGAAGCGACAUCUAUAGUUUUGGGGUGGUUCUACUUGAAAUUUUGACAGGAAGGAGAUGCAUAGACCCUAAUCGACCAUCUAAUGAACAGGUGUUGGUUAACUUUGCUAAGCCUUACUUAACAAGCAAACGAAGGAUUCUUCUUAUCAUGGACCAGCGUAUUAAUGGUCAGUACUCAUCUGAUGUAGCCACGGGAGCUGCAGCUCUUACAAUGAAGUGCCUUGCAAAAGACCCUAAUAGCAGACCGACAGCUCAGGAGCUGGUCAAGGUGUUAGAACACCUUCAACAAUUACAAAAAAGCUCAGAUAGUCAUAGAAAAGAAACGGCCCGAAAAAAUAAUAGUAACAGAAAUGUUUGUCAGCCAAGCCGCGUAUAGUUCCUGUAUAGUGAUGAUGAAUGGGGCUUAAAUAAUACUGUAUAUACAUUUCAAUAUUCUAACCAUUAUGAGUCGCCUGGCCAAAUAGGUUUGAAAAGUGGCUUAAAUAAUACUGUAUAUACAUUUCAAUAUUCUAACCAUUAUCACCAAAGGCAAUGGGGCUGCCGUUGGACUUGAAAGUCAUUAUUGGCAUGGUGGAUCAAGAAAGUCAUCGAAAGCCUUUUUGACUUUCCAUAAUUGAUCUUUUUUUGAGUGACAGAUUGACUUUUGACGUCAACUUGUAAAUGUAAUUAUCAUUCAUGAGGAAUAUGAGGUUCCUACAUCAAAGUAAAAGUCAA